GCAUUGGUAAAAUCAAAUGGCUGACAGUAUUUAAAGGAAUUGAAGUUGGAAGCAGGAGCAAAACACUCCUCUGGUUGGUGUUUGAAGUUGGAAGCAUCAGUAAUGGCAAGCGCAAGUGUUGCUAAAGAAGAAGAUAACAAACUCACGCUCUAUUCGUAUUGGAGGAGCUCUUGUUCCUUCCGAGUCCGAAUCGCUCUCAACCUCAAAGGCCUUAAAUACGACUACAAGCCCGUCAAUCUGUUGAAAGGAGAACAAUAUAGCCCCGAGUUUCUCCAGCUCAACCCUGUUGGUUGUGUUCCCGUUCUAGUGGAUGGCCACGCUGUUCUUUAUGAUUCUCUCGCCAUUAUUUUGUAUUUGGAAGAUAAGUAUCCUCACAAUCCUCUGCUCCCUCGUGAUAUUCCUAAGAGAACAAUCAAUUUCCAGGCUACUAGUGUUGUUUCCUCAACAAUACAACCUCUUCAUAACUUGAGUUUACUGAACUACGUUGGGGAGAAAGUUGGUCCUGAUGAAAAACUUCGUUGGGCACAAAGUGUAAUUAGAAGAGGCUUUACAGCACUUGAAAAGCUAUUGAAAGACCACACAGGAAGAUAUGCAACCGGGGAUGAAAUUUUCCUGGCAGACGUAUUUUUAGCACCUCAGUUACAUACAGCAUUCAAAAGAUUCAAUAUCCCAAUGAACGAGUUCCCUGUUCUGUCAAGAUUGCAUGAGACAUAUUCUACGAUCCCCGCAUUCCAGGAGGCUCUACCAGAGAACCAGCCAGAUGCAGUACACUAGUUGAACCAAUAAUUUGGGACCGGAAAUUUGAUCUGAUAUUAAUAGGGGAAAUUGCAGCAGGGAUUUGUCAUCCGGUUGAAUUUGUUGUUAUUAAGGUAUAAAAAGAUACUCAGUAAUAAGGUUACCACAUCCAACGUGUGUAUCACACAUCCUGUGUAGUUCAAAAGCUAUUUUGAUUUGGGUUAUAUAUUGUAUGUCUGUAAAGUGUUGUAGUAUCUUUAGUUCCAAAUCUUAAUGAUCAUGUUUUUACGUUAAAUCGAUGUUUCAAAAAAGUUUGAGCUCA